AUGUCUAAGAUACUUAUCAAUUCAAAAUUAAAAGUACCAGGUAAUAAUAAUUAUGGCAAAGCAAUUGAUAUAACUACUUAUGUAGAUCGAAGUGUCUUCCGCUGCUUGUUUCAAGCAGGUUUUACAAUUGCAUUUAUUCGAGUGUAUAUGUCUAAUGGAAAUGGCACUGUGGAUAUUAAUUCUGCUUCUAAUAUUUACAAUGCUGCUAGCGAAGGAAUGGGUACUGAAAUUUAUGUGGAACCGCAACCUCGUGGAACAAAAUCCGGAAGUGAGCAAUUUAUGGAAGCGUACACUUUCCUGACAAAGAAAGGUAUUGCUGUAAGAACCAUUUGGAUUAAGAUAACAUCACCAAUCAAUUGGCCUAAUAAUCAAACUGCUAAUACUGAUUUUAUCAAUAAAUUUAUUCUUUGUGCAUGGAAACAUGGUUUAUUGGUAGGUAUUUAUACUAAUUGGUAUGAUUGGGAACAGAUAAUAGCUGGACAAAUAACACCCAAUCAACGACAAAUUCGUCUUUGGUAUUGGAAUUUGUUGGGUUCAAGUUUAAACGAUGCUACACCACCAACAUUUGCUGAUUUCCGACCGUUUGGAGGAUUUAAUGCACCGAUGGUGAAACAAUAUGCCAAAAACACACCUAUUUGUGGAAUAUGCGCUUCCCUAAAUGUUUACCUUAAAAGAAGUGGAACGAAAGUUUUACUUGCUAAUAUGAGAGUAGAAAUGGCUAAUGUUACAGUAGAUAAUCUUCCUGUGACGUUGCCAAUAGUGGCCAAGUCUUCAGAAAAGCAGCUACAAAGUAAACAGUUGGGACAAAAAGCAACAACUUAUCGAAAUAAGACAUCACCGCUCAUACAUUAA